UAAUGUCUAUUCUUUCUGCUGGAAAAUGAGCAUUUGAUUUGUAUGAAAAAGCGUUUAGAUUCUACCUAGUGAAAUAACGGCCCCAUGUCUAAGGAGAGUCGGUAUGAGGGGCGGCGGCGCUCCGGGGCUCAGCAGCACAGAGGCGGGCAGAGAGCGAGUCAAAUCGGGGGAGACUGUAGAGACAGGUCCGGUAGUAACAGCUCCGGAUCCUCACAUAGUGGAGGAAAAGCCAGGAACACCUCCAUCAACGCUGCACUAAAGGUACAGUGGAAAAGCAGUGAAUCAGUCAAAAAAGCUUCCUUCCAGCGGUCCAACAGCCAUGACAAGGUGAGAAAGAUUGUAGCAGAGGAGGGACGGGCUGCUCGCAAUUUAAUUGCUUGGAGUGUGCCUUUGGAAAACAAGGAAGAAGAGGGAAAGUCAAGAACGUUCAGCAACCACAAUGCAAGAGCACAACGAAUCAACUCCGGACAACACAGGAACAAAAAACAGCCUGCUGUGCUGGACUGUAAAGUUGCAGCAAGCGCUGUGCUGGAGAAAGCAGUUGAGAAGAGCCCCACUAAAGCCAGGCAACCACGCAAAGUCGAUCUGAGAGCACGUUACUGGGCAUUUCUCUUCGAUAACCUGCGCCGGGCUGUUGAUGAGAUCUACGUCACUUGUGAAUCCGAUCAGAGCGUUGUGGAGUGUAGGGAAGUGCUGAUGAUGUUGGACAACUAUGUACGAGAUUUUAAAGCUCUCAUUGACUGGAUUCAGCUGCAGGAGAAGCUGGAGAAAACUGAUGCCCAGAACAGACCCACAUCUUUGGCGUGGGAGGUUCGCAAGAUGUCCCCAGGACGCCAUGUCAAAUCCAGUCCUUCGAUCGACCGACUCGUUCCUUCUCCGAACGUUCGCCGCUCACUUAAUUUUGGAGGUCCUCCUCCCACUCUCGCUGUAGCACGUCUUUCUCACUCUGGACUUAGCUGGGCUGACCGGGUCAAAUGCUCACAGGCCCUGCCUGUGACCAGCCAGAGUACAUCAGGCCCAACAGAGAAACCAGGUAAAAAAGAUGCUGAGGGUUGGGAGACUGUGCAGCGUGGCCGUUCCAUGAAACCUCGUGCCACCGCAAUGGUGGCAAAGGUCAGUCCUGUCCUGGCCCACGUCAACUCCAAAGAUGUGAGCAAUAAGGAGAACCAGCAGGUACAGGACAAAGCGCAGAAGCCAGAGGAGCAGCGGCGGGACAGCACUCCUGUUCCACCAGAGCAAAAGCCUGAGUGUGAGAAGGCCUCUGUCCUCGAGCCCCCAUCAGACAGUGAUCAGGAGCCAGAGCAGUGUAUGUCACCGCUUAUGCCUAAGUCCACUCCGGCUCCUUGCUCCCCCCAAACCCAAACUCUAGAUAUAGAUCCUUCUCCAUCAUCUCCCCAGCAUGAAGAGCUAGGGUUGGUUGGAGGGAAGCAAGAGCCGGUGGGGGCAUCGAGCAGGGUCACCACACCAUCUGCUGCCGAGGAAGAAGCAGCAGGGCCGACAGCAGAGACCCAUAUUCCCCUGGCGGUGGUGAAACUGGAGAGCAUGCUGGACCCUACGGAGUUUACCACUCCCCAGUCCAUGGCUGAGGUUCUGGCUAAAAAGGAAGAGCUUGCAGAUCGUCUGGAGAAGGCUAAUGAGGAGGCCAUUGCCAGUGCCAUUGCUGAGGAGGAGCAACUCACCCGAGAAAUCCAGGCAGAGAACAAUGAACUAGAAAGGGACAAGGAGAGUGAAUUAUCCGUGAGCAUCGGAAGUGGUAGUUUUGGACUUAACCUGGACUGGAGUGAGAUGUUGGCUGACUAUGAUGCGCGAGAACCCUGGCGUCAAAGCACCUCAUGGGGAGACAUUGUGGAGGAGGAACCUGCUCGACCCCCUGGCCAUGGCAUCCAUAUGCACGAGAAGCUUUCCUCGCCCUCACGCAAAAGAACCAUAGCUGAGUCCAAGAAGAAACACGAAGAGAAGCAGCUAAAAGCUCAGCAGUUACGAGACAAGCUGAGAGAGGAGAAGACCCACAAGCUGCAGAAACUAUUAGAGAGAGAAAAGGAAGUAAGGAAAUGGAAAGAGGAGCUGCUGGAUCAGAGGAGGAGGAUGAUGGAGGAGAAGCUGGUACAUGCAGAGUUCAAACGGGAGCUGCAGCUCCAAGCUAUUGUGAAAAAAGCACAGGAGGAGGAAGCAAAGGUGAAUGAGAUUGCAUUUAUCAACACACUGGAAGCUCAGAAUAAAAGGCACGAUGUGCUGGCCAAGCUGAAUGAAUAUGAGCAACGUUUAAACGAGCUGCAGGAGGAACGCCAGAGGAGGCAAGAGGAAAAACAGGCCAGAGAUGAAGCUGUACAGGAGCGUAAGCGGGCUCUGGAGGCAGAACGGCAGGCAAGGGUGGAGGAGCUGUUGAUUAAAAGGAGGGAACAGGAGGCGAGGAUAGAGCAGCAGAGGCAGGAAAAGGAGAGGGCCAGGGAGGACGCAGCCCGGGAAAGAGCCAGGGACCGUGAGGAGCGUCUGGCUGCCCUCAGUGCAGCUCAGCAAGAAGCUAUGGAAGAAUUGCAGAAAAAGAUUCAGAUGAAGCAUGAUGAGAGCAGCCGCAGACACAUGGAGCAGAUCGAGCAGAGGAAGGAGAAGGCGGCCGAGCUAAGCAGCGGAAGACAUGCCAACACAGACUACGCACCUAAACUCACUCCCUACGAGCGCAAGAAACAGUGCUCUCUCUGCAGUGUUGUGAUCACCUCCGAGGUACACCUGUUGAGUCACACCAAGGGCAAGAGGCAUCAGCAGGCGGUGAGAGAGAGCAGCAGCAUCCAGGGAAGAGAGCUGUCAGACGAGGAGGUGGAGCACCUAUCUCUAAAGAAGUACAUAGUAGACAUAGUGACAGACACCACUGUGCCGCCUGAGAGCGCCAAAGAUGGGGAGGAGAAGCAGAAAGCCAGAAAAAAAGCCAAGAAGCUCCGUACCCGGAUGAACUCAAGGGCUAAGGAGUAUGAGACGUCUGUGGAAGCUAAGAUGCAGAUUCCAGAUUCUCCUUACAAGGCCAAAUUGCAGCGUCUGGUGAAGGACUUGGGAAAGCAGCUGCAGGGGCAGGACAGUAGCCAAUGGGCUAACAACAAAGUGUCAGGUCUAGAUAGAACACUGGGUGAAAUCUCCCGCAUUCUGGAGAAACAGAAUAAUGCAGAUCAGGUAGCUUUUCAAGUGGGAGGGGGUCUGUCUGCCCUGGAACAGAUUCUGCAGGUAGUCACAUCGGCCUCCACGCCCACUGCUGUUCCACGCAUUCCACUUAAGUCUCUGAGUGCUGUUGUGAAUGUGUAUUACCUGGCAUGCCUCGGCUGCUACAGCAAUUGCUUUUACGUCCUCUACAGCAACAAAAUCGCCCCUCUCAUGGACCUCCUCCUCCACCAACUAACGCUAUACGUUCCUGAGGAGGAUAAGUCCAUCUUUGGGCGCAGUGUGAAUAAGCAGGUGUUUGAGGGUCUGACCACAGGUCUGCUCCAGACCACUGCUACAAUACUGCAUUUUCUAAAUCCUUCAGGACUUGAGGCUGGGAAAGAAACUUCCUGGAUCUGCUUUCCUGAUGUCAAGAAUAAAGUAGUCGAAAAUUUCAACACCCGUGCUCAAGACCUCAUCAGCUACGUGGUGAAUCUGGGCUUGAUUGAUAAACUAUAUGGCUGCUUCCUGUACGUGCAAGGGCCCAUCGAUGAGAAUCCUAAGAUGUCUGCUUUUCUGGAACAGGCUGCAGCUCUCCUACAUGCCAUGUGCAAGUUGUGUUUUGCCGUGAAUGGUCGUUCCUCCAGUAUCUUUGACAAUAAGCGUCAGGACUCAACAGGGCUGACAGCGCUGCUUCAGAGUACUGAUCUGGUUGGUGUGCUGCACAUGCUGUACUGUAUCCUGCUGCACAACAGUGUGCCUGAGCUCCAGUCUGGCAGCGUGGCAACACCCCAGGAGUCCUACAGCCCUGCUGUGAUCCAGGUGGCAUUUCAAGGCAUGAGAUUCCUAAACAGCUUUGCACUGCUAGACCUCGCUGCUUUCCAGUCUGUUCUGGGAGCGGAGGGGCUGUCUCUAGCCUUUAGGCACAUUGUGAGUUCGCUGCUGUGGUACUGCUCUCAGAACAGUUCAGAGGAACUGCUACAUGAGGUCAUCAUCUGUGUUGGGUACUUUACCGUUAAUCAUCCUGACAAUCAGGUGAUUGUGCAGUCUGGCCGGCAGCCCAGCGUGCUACAGAAACUGUGUCAGCUGCCGUUUCAGUACUUUAGCCACCCACGCCUUGUCAAAGUGCUCUUUCCCUCGCUCAUCAGCUCCUGCUACAACAACCAGCAGAACAAAGUUAUCCUGCAGCAAGAGAUGAGCUGCGUACUCCUGGCCACCUUUAUACAGGAUUGUGCCUCCAGUGUGAACCAGUCAGACAACAGAUCCUCAAAACAAGUCCCAGAGAUGAGCUCUGCUCUGCUGGAUUACUGGGAUUUGUCUAACCGCUUCCCCAGAGACCAGUGGGACUCAGCACUUCAGUUCUUCCUCAAUAAGCAAGAGGAUUAAAAAGAACCCUACAAUCUACACUCACAUGGAGUGCUACAGUGUGCACUCCGGUACACUUUGCACUACAGACUUGGACAACAUGACCAUGAUCAGAAAAAAAUUACUUUCAGCUACUUACUUUCAGAUUUAACCAAUCCUAGUAAACUUGCCUCUGCAUGUACCAGCUGAUUUAGAUUGGAUUUUCAAAGAUCACUUUAAUAGCAGAGGAUUAACGGUAUAAUUAUUUAAUAAAUUGAGCUUAACUUGUCGAAUGUGCACACUGUAAUAAACUCUGACAAUACCUAAGGGCAGCCCAACAUCUUGCAUAUAUACAAACAUUGACUGAAUACUGACUGUAUAAACAUAUUGUUCAUGCAAAUAUACAGUUAAUGUAGGCUGUCAUUUAGAAUAUUUGUUCUGGAUUGCACAAUAGUUUAUUGUUCCUUUCUAAGGCAGGAUGUUAAUCUUAGUUUUAUUAAAUUUAUGGUUUGUAGUUUGUUUUGUAAAUAAAGGGUACUGCUUAAUUUGUCAUAGGAAAUAUUGCUGUUUAAAGUACUCUGAAUUGCUUCAUUUUUCUCAUUUAACUGCAAUGCAUGAAAAAAAAACUACAGUAAAAAUGUUCUUUAGAGUUGUUACAAGUCUUGAAUUUUUUCAUUGUUUUCAUACUAAUUUAUAC